UAGUCGCAAUCAAUAAUCUCAGCAAAAGAAAAUUUUCCAACAGAGCCCACUAGCUACUUCUUGUUCUUAUAAAUGUAGGAUGGCCGGCGAGGGAUAUGCUCUCCAAAAGCUGUUCGUUCUCAAGCAGUUCUCUCUAAAAUAAUUUUAGAAGAAAAGAAAACCACUUCGAAAGGUUUUGUUUUAAUCCUUGAGUUGAGCUCUCUUAGCUAGUUAAUUAUCACUCCUAUCCUUAGUUCAGGUAAAGUCGCCACCGUCCACAAUCUUUAGCCAUGGAGAUUGAUCAGCCAACAAUUCAACAGAAAGCCGGGCAUUUUACACGUGCAUGGAGCUGGUUCAAGGCCAAGGCUAUAAAAGUUGCAAAAAGUACCAAAAAACUUGGAGAAGAUGACCCAAGAAGAGUCAUUCACUCCCUAAAAGUGGGAUUAGCUCUCACAUUCGUGUCCUUCUUCUAUUAUUCUAGACCUCUCUAUGAUGGUUUUGGGCAGUCAGGGAUGUGGGCUGUGUUAACUGUGGUUGUAAUCUUUGAGUUUACAGUAGGUGGAACUUUGAGCAAGGGUUUGUACAGAGGCUUGGCAACAUUCCUUGCCUGUGCUCUAGGGUUCGGAGCUUCGAACUUGGCCAGUCUUUUUGGAAGGAAAGCACAGCCCAUUGUCCUUGGGAUCCUUGUCUUCCUAUUAGCGGCAGCGUCUACAUUCACACGGUUCUUCCCACGAAUCAAGGCAAGAUAUGACUAUGGAGUCGUGAUAUUUAUACUAACAUUCAGUUUAGUAUCUGUUUCGGGGUAUCGAGUUGAAAAACUCUUAGUCCUGGCACAUCAAAGGCUGUCAACAAUACUCAUAGGUGGAGCGAUUUGCAUACUUUUAUCGUUCAUUUUUCCAGUUUGGGCCGGUGAGGAUCUUCAUAAGUUGGUCGCUUCCAAUGUAGAAAAGCUUGCAAAAUACCUAGAAGGUUUUGGAGGUGAAUUUUUCCAGCCUUUAGAGGAUGGAAGGAAUGUUAAGGUCUCCAACACUGAUAAAUCAUUUCUUCGAGGAUAUAAAAAUGUCCUAAACUCAAAAUCCACUGAAGAAUCCAUGGCAAAUCUAGCAAGAUGGGAACCUAGACAUGGCCGUUUUGGUUUCCGGCAUCCAUGGAAACAAUACCUGAAGAUUGGAUCCCUCUCACGUCAAUGUGCUUACCAGAUUGAAGCUCUUGAUGCCUACAUCAACUCUCAUAACCAAGCACCACUGAAAUUCCGAUGCAAAAUCCGAGGACCGUGUACAAGGAUGAGUAUAGAAUGCAGCAUGGCGCUGGAAUCAUUGGCCUCAGCUAUCAAAACAAUGACUCUUCCAUCUUCAGCAAAUGUCCAUGUGGAGAACUCGAAAAAUGCCAUCAAGGAUCUCAAAAUUGCUAUUGAAACUGUCUCAUUGGACCAGGAUCAAGACCUUCUAGCAAUUGUACCAGCUGCAACAGUUGCUUCAAUAAUAAUUGAGAUUGUUAAAUGCGUGGAAAAUUUAUCUGAAUCAGUGCACGAGCUCUCUAAUCUAGCACACUUCAAGAGUGUGGAACCGACUGUGUCCCUAGAGAAACCGCAGUUUCUUCACCGGGGAAGCAUAAAACCUGUUUUAGAAGGUGAUGCUGACCGUGUUAUUAUUGCAAUAGACGGGAAGUCUGCGGAUUCACCAGAAAGUGAGAAUACUCAAGGUCCAAUGCCUGGUCAGCGUCUGGAGGUGUAAAUAUUUUACACUGACAAACAUGCAAUCUAUUGCGACGGAAGUCAAUAUUAUUUAACAAAAUUCUCCUAUUAUAUUAACUCCUCCUUUGUAAAACGUCUGAAAAUGAAAUCGAAAUUGUGGAAAUUAAUAAAACAGUAUACUUUUUCGCGAAAUUA